AUGGGUCUUAAGGGCGGGUUCCCUGAUGGACUUGAGAAUUGUAGCAGCAUGACUUCACUGGAUCUCUCGAGCAACAGCCUUUCCGGCACGAUCCCUGCUGAUAUCUCGAAGCGGCUGCAGUACAUUACAAACCUUGAUCUGUCAUAUAAUGGCUUCUCAGGAGAGAUACCAGAGGCGCUAGCUAACUGUACAUAUCUCAAUGCUGUCAACUUACAGCAUAAUAAAUUGACUGGAAUACUCCCAGGUCAGCUUGCUGCUCUUAGUCGCCUAAACCAGUUUAAUGUUGCUGACAAUCAGUUGUCAGGACAGAUUCCUUCAUCUUUGAGCAAAUUUCCAUCCUCCAAUUUCGCAAAUCAAGACCUUUGUGGGAAGCCUCUGAGCAAUGAUUGCACUGCAACUUCAAGCAGUCGUACAGGGGUAAUUGUUGGUUCUGCUGUUGGUGGUGCAGUUAUAACUUUAAUAAUAGUUGCUGUUAUUUUAUUCAUUCUCGUACGAAAAAUGCCUGCGAAGAAGAAGGGAAAGGAUGUAGAAGAAAAUAAGUGGGCAAAGACUAUUAAGGGAGCAAAGGGAGUGAAGGUAUCUAUGUUUGAGAAAUCUGUUUCAAAGAUGAAGUUGAAUGAUCUUAUGAAAGCAACAGGGGAUUUUACAAAGGAGAACAUUAUUGGAACUGGUCGAUCAGGAACCAUGUACAGAGCAACACUUCCAGAUGGUUCAUUUCUUGCUAUCGAGAGGUUGCAGGACACUCAGCAUUCAGAUAACCAAUUCACAUCUGAGAUGUCAACGCUAGGAAGUGUUAGGCAACGUAACUUAGUGCCUCUUUUGGGAUACUGCAUUGCCAAGAAUGAAAGACUCUUGGUAUAA